AUGGCAACUGAUCAAAUGUGUCUCAUAGUAAGUCAAACAAAGCAAUUCAUAUUAUUUCUAGUGCAUACAAGGCUACUUUUACUUGGAACAAUAUCCGUACUCUCCUUGAAUGUCGUGAAGCCUGCGGAGGCCAAGGAGUUAAAUCUGAAAAUCGUGUUGGUCUUUUCAUCGGUGAAUUUGAGAUGCAUUUUGAGGCGCUUUGCUGAAGAGAUCUCAGAAUACCAAUCUCGUGGAGAAAGCAAAGAGUCUGUCUUCAUUCUAAGUUAUCAGCUAGCAGAAGACUUGAGCAGAGCUUUCUCAGAACGAGCAAUACUGAAAACAUUCAUGGAUGCCGAGUCAACUUUACUAGCUGGUUCAUUGAAGGUAAAUCAUAUUAUUCCUUGCAGAAUAUUCUUGCUAUAAAAUAGUACUGGUAAAU